GUGGAGCGUUGGCAUAAGGAGCACUUCCGGUCGCUGGGGUUGGCCAGUUAAGCUGGCUGGUGGGUCCCGGAGCAGGCCUGCCUGCUGGGGUCUUUCCCGCACCCCUGCACCUGGUUACCCGCCCCUCGGCCUCGGCGUCUGCACCGUGCCCCCGAGUUCCAUCUAUCUUCUGAGGCUUUGCCCUUCUCCAAGGAGAGCACUCAGGAGACCAGGAAAAUGGCCACGGGGCUCCUGAGAGCCAAAAAAGAGGUGUUCGUGGCGUUCAGGGAUGUGGCUGUGGACUUCACCCAGGAGGAGUGGAGGUUGUUGAGCCCUGCUCAGAGGACGCUGCACAGGGAAGUGAUGCUGGAGACCUAUAACCACCUGGUCUCACUGGAAAUUCUGUUUUCCAAACCAAAACUUAUUACUCAGCUGGAGCAAGGAGAAGAGCCCUGGAGGGAGGAGAGAAAAUGUCUGCUGGACGUCCGUCCGGCAGGAUCAAAGCCAGAAACUCAACUUUGUCCCUCCUCCCCUCUGAUAUUCUCCAGUCAGCAAGCCCUCAGCCAACAUGUGUGGCUGAGUCAUCUCCCUCAACUGUUCUCAAGCUUAUGUGCAGGAAAUCCUCUCUGUCCAGGAAAAAACUAUCCAGAAGAUCAGAAACAACAGCAAGAUCAAUUUCUUGAUCAAUCAUGCUUGAGUGACAAAGCAGAAAUUCAAGAGAGAGAAGUCGACUCCAAACCCCUAUUUGGGAAAGUAAGCGAAAGUGGCACUUCAAAGGCAUCCUCCAGCCCACCUGAAGAACAGCUGGUAAGGUCCAAGGAAGACAGCACAGUGGUGGAUAUAGGGCCCAAGCCAGAACAGAAGGCAGACCUUGAGGAAACAGAUAAAUUAUUGCAUGAUUUAGAAGUCUCAGGAUUUGGAGCAAUCAAAUAUGAAGAGUUUGGGCGUGGCUUUAUCAAGGACCCAAACCUACUUGGCUUCCAGAAGACACACACAGGGGAGACAACUUACAUGUACACUGAGUGGGGACAGAGCUUCAGCAGUAUGUCAGUGCUCAUCAAAAACCCAAGGACACACUCUGGGGAAAAGCCUUAUGUGUGCGGGGAAUGUGGGCGAGGCUUUACCUGGAAGUCAAACCUCAUCACACACCAGAGGACACACUCAGGGGAGAAGCCUUAUGCGUGCAAGGAUUGUGGACGAGGCUUUACUUGGAAGUCAAACCUCUUCACACAUCAGCGGACACACUCGGGGGUCAAGCCUUACAUGUGCAAGGAAUGUGGGCAGAGCUUUAGCCUGAAGUCAAACCUCAUCACGCACCAGAGGGCACACACUGGGGAGAAACCUUACGUUUGCAGGGAAUGUGGGCGUGGCUUCCGCCAGCAUUCACACCUCAUCAGACACAAGAGGACCCAUUCAGGAGAGAAGCCCUAUGUUUGCAGGGAGUGUGAGCAAGCCUUUAGCCAGAAGUCACACCUCAUCAGACACUUACGGACACACACAGGAGAGAAGCCUUAUGUAUGCACAGAAUGUGGGCGUCACUUUAGCUGGAAAUCAAACCUCAAGACACACCAGAGGACACACUCAGGAGUUAAACCUUACGUGUGCCUGGAGUGUGGGCAAUGCUUUAGCCUGAAGUCGAACCUCAACAAACACCAGAGGUCACACACGGGGGAGAAGCCAUUCGUAUGCACAGAAUGUGGGCGAGGCUUUACCCGGAAAUCAACCCUCAUCACACACCAGAGGACACACUCAGGGGAGAAACCCUUUGUGUGCAGAGAGUGUGGGCGAGGCUUUAAUGAUAAAUCGACCCUCAUCUCACACCAGAGGACACAUUCAGGGGAAAAGCCUUUCGUGUGCAGGGAGUGUGGUAGAAGGUUUAGGCAGAAGCCAAACCUGUUUAGGCACAAGAGGGCACACUCAGGUUCCUGUGUGUGCAGGGAGUGUGGGCAAAGCUUUUGUGAUAAGUUAACUUUCAUUAAACACCAGAGGGCACACUUAGGGGGGAAGCCUCAUGUGUGCAGGGAGUGUGGGCAAGGCUUUAGCCGGCAGUCACACCUCAUUAGACACCAGAGGACACAUUCGGGAGAGAAGCCUUACAUUUGCAGAAAGUGUGGGCGGUGCUUUAGUCGGAAGUCAAACCUCAUCAGACAUCAGAAGACACACUCAGGAUAGAGACUUUGUGUGUACAAGGAGGAUAGUAAAGCCUUGAGCCAGGAGUCACACUUCCAUAGACACCAGAGGACACACACACAAGGCUGUGGCUUUAAGUCAGCCAUUGCUAGAUACCAAAGUGGAGAUAUCUUAUGUGUGAUGGUGUGCAUGAGCCUCCAUUGGUAAGUGUCAUACCUUCAGUCCACCUGAAAGAGAAUUCCUGGCCAGGAGCUCUGCCUUUCCCCAGUGGGCAUGAUGGGUUGUCGAAGGUCUGUCAAGUAAUUCGAUGGAGGGAGAUCAUAU